UGCAGGCUGGUCUGGGAAACAAUUGGCCUGUCUCCCCAGAGGAAAGGGAAGAAUUGUGUAGUUUGAGAGAGAAGCAGAAAGCAGGAAGGAGGGGGCGGGCUUGACUGACACAGAAGAGGGCUGGCUUUUUGGACGGCUCUUAGCAACAGCCCUGGUUUGACCCUCCUCAGCCCUGAGAAAAUCAAAUCAGUGUCCCGUUCUUCCAUGCAUGAUGCAGCAUCAGCCGCUGCACGUCAGGGCAGCCCUCCUCUUUGCCUGUUAAUUACAGGAGCUUUCUGAUCCCAUGGUUUCUGCUCUUACAAAGUGCUGCUGAGAAGGGGAACCAAACGACUACUGCCCGACCCCUUGCUACUCCGGGUGCCAGCUUGAUUGUGAAACCCCAUUGGCUUCCUCAGCUCCUGGGUUUUAACCACGCCCGGUUUUCUGUCCGCUUGGCUGCCGCUGGGCCGGGCGGACACGCAGCCCCAUCCCAGCACGGAGGGAGCCCGGGGGUCGGCGGUGCUAUUGUGUGGAUGCCGCGCGAGCCCUCUCUUCUCUUGCAGAGAUGGCAAACAGGGGCCCGAGCUACGGCUUAAGCCGAGAGGUGCAGGAGAAGAUCGAGCAGAAGUAUGAUGCGGACCUGGAGAACAAGCUGGUGGACUGGAUCAUCCUGCAGUGCGCCGAGGACAUAGAGCACCCGCCCCCCGGCAGGGCCCAUUUCCAGAAAUGGUUAAUGGACGGGACGGUCCUGUGUAAGCUGAUAAAUAGUUUAUACCCACCAGGACAAGAACCCAUCCCAAAGAUCUCAGAGUCAAAGAUGGCUUUUAAGCAGAUGGAGCAAAUCUCUCAGUUCCUGAAAGCAGCAGAGACCUACGGCGUCAGGACCACGGACAUUUUUCAGACGGUGGAUCUCUGGGAAGGAAAGGACAUGGCAGCUGUGCAGCGGACCCUGAUGGCUCUAGGGAGUGUUGCAGUCACGAAGGAUGAUGGGUGCUAUCGGGGAGAGCCUUCCUGGUUUCACAGGAAAGCCCAGCAGAACCGGAGAGGCUUUUCAGAGGAGCAGCUUCGCCAGGGACAGAACGUAAUAGGCCUCCAGAUGGGCAGCAACAAAGGAGCGUCCCAGGCGGGCAUGACAGGGUACGGGACCCCCAGGCAGAUCAUGUAAGACGCCGGUCCCUGCUUCCUGUAGAGAGGAUGAAUAUUCCACACCACCACCACGGUCUCUGGAAAAAAAUUAGUUAGUCACCUUCUGACCUUCUCUCGUUCUCAAAGCCUCCUGUUCUUGGUUUUCGCAAGUGCUGCAUUUUUGCUGAGAAUCCACGUUGCCUACUGCUGCCACCUUCUGUUCAUUUAGAACUAUGCAAAGACUCCGCUUCCUCUUCCUGAGCUCCAUUUUUGCCCUAAGGCCCUUUAUUUAUUUAUUUACUUAUUUAUUUGCCAAUGAUUUUACUCCUCAACUUAUAGAAUACACCUAAUAAACAAAUUAGUCUUGUGUCUUAAA